AUGCAUAACCUCUAUCUUGGAACUGCAAAGCGAAUGAUUCAGAUAUGGCGCGAGUGUAACUACAUCAAUGAAAAGAAUCAGUUAACUAUGCAAGAGCUUGCCAAUGGUAUUGUUGUACCUUGUGGAUAUGCGCGUAUAACAAAGAAGAUUGCCGAUGGGUUUUCGUUCAUGAAAGCUGAUGAGUGGAAGUCGUGGUGCGUCAUAUACUCUUCAUUUGUUCUGAAGCAUGUGCUCCCAGCCAAGAAUCUCGAAAAUUGGAUUUUGUUUGUUGACGCAUGCCGCUUACUCACAAAACCUUCGAUCAAUGACAAAGAAAUAGACGAAGCCCACAGUAAACUCCAAUUGUUUUGUACAAGAUUUCAGACACUGUAUGGAAAAUCGGCCGUGACACCGAAUAUGCAUCUACAUCUUCAUCUUGGCGAGUGUGUUUAUGACUUUGGGCCAAUUUAUGCUUUCUGGUUAUUCAGUUUCGAGAGAUACAAUGGUUUGUUGAAGAAUAUCGAAACAAAUCAAAAAGGCGGCUUCGAAUCAACAAUGAUGAAGAGAUUUUUGGAGAGAACAUACAUUGGCAGCUUCAUACAAUCUUUCGUCAACCAUCUCCCCCAGUUCGCAAUUGACUUUCUGCAUCACAUUUCAAAUAGUCAAGAUCAAUUAGCAGCAUUGCAUCCAUCUUCUACUGCCAGUACCUUUUCUCUGUCUGACUUUGUUGAAUAUUCGUUAAACCCUCGUCAUUCUGCUUUGGGUUGUGAGCCGUUGCCCCCUUCAGUGUUUCCGAUUAAACUCGACCAAAGGAUUACAAUGUGCAAGAGACAUUAUGAAUGUUUACUGGAGUUUUACAGACACGCGUAUGGCAGUCACGAUCUUUUUGACCAUUAUUCAAACUGCGAGUCUAACCAGAUUUUUGUCAAUAACCGAAUUGAGAAAAUGAAACGGAUAUCUCUUCUUGGACAGGAAUACUCUUCUGGAUCUUAUUUCCGCGCCUAUUAUCUUGAGAAUAACAGUGAAGAUAAAGCAGUGUUUCCUGGCCGUAUACUGUAUUUAUUUCAACAUUUGAUAACCAUCAACGAAACUGUCAUCACCCAUACUUUUGCGUUUGUUGAGUGGUACUCUAGUUAUUCUUCGGGGAGUUACCAGCCGAUGUUAAAUGAAGGCAUUGAGCUCUGGAAUGAACCUUCUUCUGUACUUAAUUAUGAAUGUAUUAUUCCAGUAUAUCGUUUAUAUUCACCAAUCGCAAUUGCUAAAUAUAGGUUUACUAUAACUAGUGAAUUUAAACGUUUAGUAAUCCCUUUACCCCAAAAAAUAGAAGCUUAA